CAGACGUAAAUUUCAACAUGGAGGGAAAGUGCUGCUCUGGACAGAAGGUGUCAUUCACCAAAAGACGUGUCAAUAUGGUUACGGUUCCUAAUUGGAGACCAUAAGGUUUGGCGGCGAUUAGGAACCCAUCUCUCACAUAUUCACUACAUUACACUGUUCUGUUCCCUUUUCUAUCUACCCCAUUUCUCCGCUAGCUUCUAUCUCAGUGACUUUCUGCCAGUCUUUCCCUCCUUCUCCCCCUACUCCUUCCCUCUCCGCGCUUUCCUCCUUCUCUCUUUGCUGCCAUCCAGCCUUCCCGCUCCCUCCUGUUGCCUCUGCACCUCUCUCUGCCUCUUUCCUCUGCAUCCCUUCUCCUGCCUCUCACCAUCUCUGUCUCCGUCUCUCUCCCUCCUCCUCCUCAUGCCACUAGUGUCACAGUCUUUCUCCUUGAUUUCACCCACUACUACAUUUCUCCCUUUUGGCUUUCUCUCUCCCCUCUUUCUCCUCCUCCCUCUCUCUCCUACCUUGCUCUCCCAGUGUGACUGUCCCUUUCUGUCGUCUCUACAUGUGACGGUCCCUGUCUCUGGGUGCAUGCCGGUCUCUAAGAGGCAGUCUCCAUGUGACAGUCCUUGUGUGUGUCGGUGAGGCAGCAGUCUCCAUGUGCCACUAGUAUCCUCCCGUGUCUCCGCAUGCAGCUCACCUGUGCGCCUCUCCUAGGGACAGUCCGCGGGCUGUGUGCCGGUGCCCCUCUCUCCUUAACGAACCUUCGGUGACAGUCACUCCGCAUGCUGCCCUCUUGGACUGUCUGUACCCCCGGGUGUCCUCUCACCCGCAAUAAUGCCUUUCCACCCGGUAACAGCGGCGUUAAUGUACCGGGGAGUGUACACUAUCCCCGAGCUUCUGAGAGACCACUCACCCACUCAGCUCCCAGAAGACGAAAUAGAAGAGAUUCGGGAGGCCUUCAAGGUGUUUGACCGAGAUGGAAAUGGAUUCAUCUCCAAACAAGAGCUGGGAACAGCAAUGAGAUCUCUGGGGUAUAUGCCAAAUGAAGUAGAACUAGAAGUCAUUAUACAGCGACUGGACAUGGAUGGAGAUGGUCAAGUUGAUUUUGAAGAGUUUGUGACAUUACUGGGACCAAAGAUCACAACAUCUGGAAUCCCAGACAAGUUCCAUGGUGCUGACUUUGACACUGUAUUUUGGAAGUGUGACAUGCAGUCUCUGUCAGUGGAGGAAUUGAAGAGGUUGUUGUACGACACUUUCUGUGAGCAUCUGUCCAUGCGUGACAUUGAGAAUAUCAUAUUGACAGAGGAGGCCGGAAACCUGGGAACAAGAGGGGAUUGUUCUGUCGAUAUGGAGAGUUCUUCAAACCAGCAAAUUCGACAGACCUGCGUAAGGAAAAGUCUGAUCUGCGCCUUUGCCAUCGCUUUCAUUAUAAGUGUGAUGCUUAUAGCCGCCAAUCAGGUUCUACGCAGUGGCAUGAAGUAAUAAAAUAUAUUUUUCUCUAAAUGAUGAAUACAGGAACUUUCCUAUGUGUCAGUCCUGACUCUUUCCCUCUCACUGAUCUACAAAUGGACUUCAGGACCUAAAGAUACCACCACACAAACAACGUAAAAUCCAGGGGAUGGCCCCUCAGGUCUCUGAAUAUGCAUGGGAAGAUUUGCAUGGAAAUGCAUGGGCAUUUAAGUUGUCAGGUGACCAUCUGUGCUUUUAUAACCUGUAACACAAAGGGACCUUCUAUCUCUUGCUCUCUCUCUCUAUAUAUAUAAUAGAUGUACAUAUAUAUACGAAUAUACAAAUCUAUAUUUAUGAGCAAUAACAUUUUUGGUCUGCAAAGGGGUUAAGACUUUGAAGAUAAUGUCAAAAUAUUUAAUGGACAUCUAUUAAAAAAAAAAAGUAACAUUUUGUACACUGCCAGCAGAAAGGCAGAUGAAGUGAAAAGCUGUCUUCCCGCCCCAGUGUGACCCGCCUUAACCCCUUAAAUGCAGGAAGUUAAGAUUACAUGUAGCUGUCUGUUUCUUUUUAUGUCUGUCUGUUGAGGCUUGUGUUUAACGUUUAUGCAGCAAACCCCAAGUGCGUGAUUCUCUGUAAUACAGGGGGUUAUUAUGGUAUUUUAAAUUCUAAGCUGACAAAAACUCAGCGCUGACUUUGCAGGUCACUUUGGGAGCCAUGGGGUUUAUAUUUGUCUGCCUCAAACCAGGUUUGUCCUUUGUCAUAAUAUUUAAUCAUAUAAAUAUAAGCUAAACAGAGAGCAAUGUGCUCUUUUCUCUUUUAUUAUUAUCAGCACCCCCAUUUCGUUUUUUUUUCCUGAUUUCUAUACUGUUACAUGAAGAGCUUUUUUUUAGGUUUGCGUAAAAUCAUCCCCUCUUGCCUGGCCCUUGUCACAAUCCCCUUGAAUUGCUUGUUUCUCUCUAUCCAUGCUCUUGCCUGUUUUGUCCUAGGUUUUAAUUCUGCCUUCUGUAUUUUUUUAAUUGCAAUAAAAUCUGCAAGGAUCAUGGCUAACAA